AUGGAGGUUGAAACCCCAAUUGAAAUAUCAACGCAACGCUUUAAACGAUUGUUUUCAAAUGAAAUGCGUCCUUUGAUGACUUCUGAAAAUAUGCCAUACAUUCAACUGAUGUGGGCUUUAAUGAAAAUUCGGCUAGAAAAUGACAAAAUAGCGUCGAACACCACAGAACUCAUAAAAGACAAAACAAAAACGGCGACACAAAAAGUUCGGUUAGAAGAGCUUUUUCAAAAAAUUGAAAGUAAUCAAAAAACAAUCUCAGACAGUUUAGUGAAGAGUGCGGAACGAGUGAGAUGUACUAAAAAGGUUGAGAAUAUCCCAAUAAUUCCUCAAGACGCCUUAGAAUUGGAACACUCAUUACUCACACUAAAAACACUUAAUGAGAUGAACAAAGAGAAUUUGGAUCGCUUGAAAAAAAUAGAGAUAGUCAAGGAGCUCGGUACAUCUCUUCUUCGAAACGAAGGGUCACUUAUUACUCGACAACCACUCACCCCUUUCAAUUGA